AUUUGUGAAACUCACAGGGUUUACAGGAUCACAGGGAGGCUAGGUUAUACCUCAUUUUGCCAGGAGGAACCACUCAGGUCUAAGGGAUUAUCUAUGUACUGAAGUACUUAAAAUUGUUGGAAGCAUAUUAUAAGUAUUUAGUACAGGAAAUCCACAAGGGUCAGAAACAUUUUUUAUCAUAUAAAGUACAAGGGAGUAGUAAUAAUGAACCAAAAUGGAUGACAGUAAGGCUCAGGAGGGAGAUAGUUUCAAAAAGGGUAUCUACAAAAGAAUUAAGCAAGGUGAGGUAGAGCUUACAGAACAAUACAACCAGCUAGGAGUGUAUAGAAAAAUAUAAAGGUUGCAAGAAGAAACUCCAAAAUUAAGAUAGCAAAUGAAGCAAAGAAUAACCUAAAGGGGUUGUAAGUACUAAGAGUACUAAUGUGAAUGGAGAAAUAAUAGAAUAAAGAGGAACUCUGCAGAGUUAAAUAACUAUUUUCUCUCAUUAUUUUUCAGAGAAGUCACAGUAGGGACUGCACAGAUAAAACAGAAUUUUACUUCGGCAAAAUCACCUAUCUGCUGGGCGGACAUUUCCCAUGAGAGAGAGUGCGUCACGCGCUGCUGGUAGUUGUUUGCUGAUCGCCGCGUCGGGCAGACACGGUCAUUCUGGGUCAUACGGACUCCCAAGUUUUUACUGUUUUCUUUCAGAUAAGGCCACGAUACUUGUUACGCAGUGCGGCAGCCAUGUCGGAGUCUGGUGAAGCAUCCUCUGCCUCUCGAUCCCCUUCCCCUCCUGCCCCACGUGCCUUCUGUGGGCCUUCUCCUCUCCCUGGGUCCACUGUUCGCCCUCAAGAUGACGACGACAGGCACAGGGAUCAUUCAUCUCGUCGCUUGAGUGGGAGGCAUGGUUGCGUGAGAUUACGUAACAGUGCUGACGCACGUGUUUCCCGCGGCGCUUCUCCUGCUCCUCCCCCUUGGUCAGUUGUGUUGGACACCUUGGCUGAUUUGCGGGGUGAAGUGGAGGCCUUGCAGGCAGACAGACGGCAACUACCACCCCCUACUGGGUCGGUGCCGGUGACUGUGGAGGACAGUACUCUGGGGGGCUGGGGUUUGUCGCCUCCUUGUUCUGCCACUUUUUCUGGUUUCUCGGCCAGGAUGAAUGAGGAUGAGGCAGUGUCGAUGCCUGCCGCCCCUGCUGACAGCACCUUAAUUCAGGGCACUAAGGCCUUUGGUCCUUCUGACACGGUGGUUGCUGACAUUGACAAUAGAGUGGCAGAGAUGGUAACUUCCUCUUUGAUAAUGGUAUGAGAGAGGAGGACUACAAGGCCAUGUGUGAGGACGAUGUUGUCAAGAGGCCUAAUAACUGCCAUGCUCUUGUGCCAGUGGAAUGCAACCCACAGGUGUUGAAGGCCCUGAAGCUGGAUGCCAGGAAGACAGACUUCCGCUUGAAGGAGGUAAAUAAGGACAUCCUGCGGGCUUCAACCAUUAUCACCAAAUCCUUAGUGGCACUGGAUGAUUUGGCUGAACAGGAAGGUAACCCCAAGUUGGCACAUGAGGUGAGCAUGCUAAAUGGUGCAUUGGCAUUGCUAGGCAAUGCCAAUCACAGGAACAAUUUGGCCAGGCGUUUUGCCAUGAAACGCGAGAUAAACUAUAAAUAUGCUCAUCUUUGUUCAGAUAAGGUGCCAAUUACUCGCUUUCUGUUCAGUGACGAUGUGUCCCAGUCUGCCAGACAAAUUGAGGAAGCGGAGAAACUGCGGAGUAAGUUCUCGCAGACAAAGCCUGCCUUUACUAGCAAGUUCGCAGGUAAACGCCCUGGUGGAUAUUGGAACAAGCCUGCUAGUAGGGGAUAUUACGCCAGGUUCCAACCCUACGGGCAACAGAGGCAUGGCUCCAGGGCUGCCCCACGACUGCCUUCCACUCGUCAGGAUGUGGAGCCAAAAAACUCCAAGGGCCGGGGCGGCCGCAGCAGGCAGCCCCAGUAAACUUACAGGCAAGUGCAUGUUUUGAAGCUGGCAGACUUCACUCUUUCCUGCAUGAGUGGCGUUAAAUUACCAGUGACCCUGUCAUUUUGGAUAUUGUUCAGCAUUGCCACCUUGAUAUUGAUGUCGAUAGUAUUCAUCCUUUAUUUUUUAAUGAUUUGGAAUACAGGUUCAACAUUGUGCAACAGGGAAUAAUUUCUGGAGAGAUCAAAACACUUUUACAGCUUAAAGUCAUUAAAGUCACACACAAACAAACUCAGCAGGUUAUCUCUCCUAUUUUUUUGCGAGAAAAGGAAAACGGGGAAUUUCGCCUGGUUCUUAACUUGGAGAGGUUAAACAAAUACAUACCAUAUAAACAUUUUAAAAUGGAAAAUUUUGAACAGGCCAUCAGGCUCAUCAACCAGGGUGAUUUUUUGGCUUCUGUCGAUCUCAGGCAUGCUUAUUGUUCUGUUAGGGUUGCAGAUGAGCAACAACGAUUUUUAUGUUUUACAUGGCAAGGUGUUAUCUAUCAAUUCACCUGCCUCCCUAAUGGCAUUUCUGAGGGACCUCGGCUUUUCACCAAACUGAUGAAGCCAGUAUUUGCUACUUUAAGGCAGGAAGGAUACACUAUCACCA